AUGUCUCCCAUGAGUGCCGCCGAAUUCUUCGAGCCUGCCAUGGACAGGCCACCCUCCCCAAGCAGGAUUCGGCAGCUGAACUCGCAAAUGAGGCGAGCAUCGCAGCUGCGCCGCCAGAAUGGACACCGCACUGCCGCGUCGGCAUCUGUGGCUUCCAACGUCGAGAACCCCGGGUGGGAGCAGACCUUGGAGAACCUGUCUCUCGGCAGGCGAUCCUCCGUCAAGUCCACUGGCAGCAGCGCCCACUCGCGAGAGCGCUCAGAGAGCGUCUACGGCUUCGGCAAGAACCCUUUCCAUCGACGGGUGAGAUCUAAGCGGGAGAGCAGCGCCAACUCCUCGUCGGCUAGCUCCAUGUAUUCCGCUGAAGUACCGGCGGACAAUGCCGCUGCCGCUGCCGCGCCCCGAAAGGAAUCUUUCAUACAGGCUUUUUCCAGACGACGAGCUUCACGAGACGACGCCGCCGCAUCACAGAAGAAGCUGCAGAUCUCGGGCCCUUACAACUUCCAACAUGUCAUGCACACGAACCGCGACGACCGCCCUCUGCAGGAGGCCCCCGAGCUGCUGACCAUGCGGGCGACUGGCCCGACGAGCGCCCCAAGUGCUGCCGCGUCGACCGAGGAACCUGGCCUUCUGCCGGCUGCCGCAUCACGCGAGACGCCCACUCCGCCUGUCGGACCUCGUCGAUUGAUGAGGCGAAUUCGAUCGCAGGACCAGAUGGGAGGCACGCCUUCCAUGUCACCACCGCCAAGGCCACCAAGAUCUCCCAUCCCUCCCCCUGUGUCGCAGGCCGACUCUCCGGUUUCGCCCUCUCGCAGACCAAGCCUCCAGGUGGCAUACGAACAUGGCGAGCAGCUUCCGACUGUCAACAUCGAACGCCCCAAGACCAGCGGAGGCUUCCGGCAUCCGUUGCCGUACAACCCUGAUGAGCACGUCGAGCCGCUCCCGCCUAUGCCCAUCUUGACCACUCGCGAAGACUUCCAUUUCAACUUUCCUAUUUAUAAGACAACGCUCUCCCCCAUCCAGCCUUCACCCACCGAGCCCUCUUGGCCACUUGCCAGCCCUACGUUGGCAUCGUACGAGACCCCGCUUGCCGAUGUCCCGGAGGAAGAUGAGCAGGGCGGUCCCGCCAGACGGUCCAUUAGGGCCAGCCAGUCCGUUCCCAUGCUUCGCAAAUCUCAUCGCCCGGUAAGCAACGCGUCAGAAACGCUUGGUAGCUUCCAAGCGACGCCGGUACCGCAGCAAGUUGCUCCGGAGGGUCACGGAUUUGACUUUGGCCUCGUUGACGAGAGCUGGGAAGACGACAUCGACUAUUGCUACGAGCACGAGGCGGAGGCAGACUGCGACUACCAGUGGGAGCGUGAUUCCAUGGAUACUGCUCGUGAUAGCGAUACCCUCCCGGCGGAGGUGAGCUUCGCCCCUGAGGAAGCCGUUGUGCCCAUCGGAACUGCAACGUCGUCUCCAGGCAUGCUUUCUGUAGCCACCUGCGACGUUCCCGCUUUGAGCCCCAUCAGCCAGACAUCGACACCCACUGUCCAAGAGGCCAUCACGCCUGUUUUCGCCGCCCCUGCUACCAAUAACUUCUCUCUUCCCCGCCUGGACAAGAAGAAAAUCCGUGCUUCUCAUGCUUCGAGCUUCAAGGAGUCCCAUGGCUUCACCCUGUCCCCGUCGCUGCUCAUUCCUGGCGAUUUCCACCAGCAGAUGCUCCUGGAAGAGAGUGCCCGACACGAGUUCCCCGACGAGCAUGAGCUGACCCUGCCAUAUGCGCAGGCGGCGCUAUACGACGAGACCAGCAACUCAAUGCAGUGGUCACAGCAGCGGGCGAGUACCUCGACGACCGGAACUACUUCCACAAACUCGGAUUCGACUGCCGACCGCCACGUCUCAACCAACUCUACCUGGUCCUUUUUCACUCGCUACACAGCGAGCAGCAGCGGCUCGGUACACAAGAUGACUGAAUCCUGGACCGACUGUGCAGAGCCUCUGCCCGCAUCUCAAGCCGAGGUGUUUCCGUCUGCUGAUGCUGCAGACGAGGCCAAUAUCACCAGCCCCCAGGACACAGUUCCCGAACUGGUUUCGUUCCCUCUCGGCCCGGCUAGGAAAAUUGCUCAUCACAAGUCUCACGCCAGUGAGUCCAUCAUCCGCGAGGACCCUUCUGCUUCGUUCAAACAAUAUGAGGCGGGCCAGAGGCGGGCCUCACGGUCUAGGACUGCCAGUCUGAGCAGCCAAGCGCCGCCAGUUGGACAGUAUGCCUUGUUUCCCCGAUCAUACAUUAAGCCAACGGGCGACCGCAUUUAG